AUGACAUCCGGCAAGCUAACCGGCGCCGCCGUCGCCGAGCACAACUCCAAGGACUCGUGCUGGGUGAUCGUGCACGGCAAGGCCUACGACGUGACCGAGUUCCUCCCUGAACACCCCGGUGGCUCAAAAAUCAUCCUCAAGUAUGCCGGCAAAGAUGCGACCGAGGAAUUCGACCCCAUCCACCCUCCCGACACCCUUGACAAGUACCUCGAUCGGUCCAAGCACCUCGGCGAGGUCGACAUGGCCACCGUCGAGCAGGAAGAAAAGGCUGUCGAUCCCGAGGAGACCAACCGCCUGGAGCGCAUCAAGCGUAUGCCCCCGCUGGCCGCCUGCUACAACCUGAUGGACUUUGAGGCGGUCGCUCGGCAGGUCAUGAAGAAGACAGCCUGGGCCUACUACUCCAGCGGAGCCGACGACGAGCUCACAAUGCGCGAAAACCACGCCGCCUUCCACAAGAUCUGGUUCCGACCCCGCGUCCUCGUCGACGUCGAGCACGUCGACCUCACCACCACAAUGCUGGGCACGAAAUGUUCAAUUCCCUUCUACGUGACCGCCACAGCCCUCGGCAAACUAGGUCACCCCGAAGGCGAAGUCGUGCUCACCAAAGCCGCCAAGGAACACAACGUAAUCCAAAUGAUCCCCACCCUAGCCUCCUGCUCCUUCGACGAAAUCGUCGACGCCAAACAGGGCGACCAGGUCCAAUGGCUGCAGCUCUACGUGAACAAAGACCGCGAAAUCACGCGAAAGAUCAUUGAGCACGCCGAAAAGCGCGGCUGCAAGGGUCUCUUCAUCACCGUCGACGCACCCCAACUCGGCCGCCGCGAAAAAGAUAUGCGCUCCAAGUUCUCCGACGCCGGAUCUGACGUCCAGUCCGGCGACGGUAGCGUCGAUCGGUCCCAGGGCGCUGCCCGCGCAAUUUCUUCAUUCAUCGACCCGGGACUCUCGUGGAAAGAUAUCCCCUGGUUCCUCUCCAUCACCAAAAUGCCAAUCAUCCUAAAGGGCGUCCAAUGCGUCGAAGACGUCCUCCGCGCCGUGGAAGCCGGCGUCCACGGCGUAGUCCUCUCCAACCACGGCGGCCGGCAACUCGAAACCGCGCGCUCCGGAAUCGAAGUCCUCGCUGAAGUGAUGCCCGCGCUGCGUGAGCGGGGCUGGGACAAGCGCAUCGAAGUCUUCGUUGACGGCGGUGUGCGUCGCGCAACUGAUAUUAUCAAGGCGCUUUGCUUGGGUGCCAAGGGUGUUGGUAUUGGGCGGCCGUUCCUGUUCGCUAUGAGCUCUUAUGGGCUUGAUGGUGUGAAUCGGGCGAUGCAGUUGCUCAAGGACGAGAUGGAGAUGAACAUGCGAUUGAUUGGGGCUCAGAGGGUUGAAGAUUUGAAUCCUAGUUUGCUGGAUAUUAAGGCGCUGCUUGGUGGGCAUUCGGGUGUGAUUCCGUCGGAUACGCUGGGUCUUGGGGCUUAUGAUCCUCUUGAGGCACCGAGGUUCAAUGAGAAGCCGAAGUUGUAA